CCCUGUCCCUGUCCGCAGCCUGGGUUCUUCCCUAACCCUGUCCCUGUCCGCAGCCUGGGUUCUUCCCUAACCCUGUCCCUGUCCGCAGCCUGGGUUCUUCCCUAACCCUGUCCCUGUCCGCAGCCUGGGUUCUUCCCUAACCCUGUCCCUGUCCGCAGCCUGGGUUCUUCCCUAACCCUGUCCCUGUCCGCAGCCUGGGUUCUUCCCUAACCCUGUCCCUGUCCGCAGCCUGGGUUCUUCCCUAACCCUGUCCCUGUCCGCAGCCUGGGUUCUUCCCUAACCCUGUCCCUGUCCGCAGCCUGGGUUCUUCCCUAACCCUGUCCGCAGCCUGGGUUCUUCCCUAACCCUGUCCGCGGCCUGGGUUCUUCCCUAACCCUGUCCCUGUCCGCAGCCUGGGUUCUUCCCUAACCCUGUCCCUGUCCGUGCACCAGCCUGCGGGGACCAUGGAGCUGCUGUGGGUGCUGUGUGUGUCCAUGCUGAUGCCUCCAGCGGUGGUGGUGGAGGCCAUCCCCAUGGAGUCUGCAGCCGGGAGCCACAGCAUGUUCACCUGUGAACCCAUCACCCUGCGUCUGUGUCAGGGGCUGUCCUAUAACUCCACCUUCAUGCCCAACCACCUCAACCACUACGACCAGCAGACUGCCGCGCUCGCCAUGGAGCCCUUCCACCCCAUUGUGAACCUGCAGUGUUCCUCAGAGCUGAGGAUGUUCCUGUGUGCCCUCUAUGCUCCGGUGUGUACUGAGUACGGACGCAUGACACUGCCCUGCCGACGGCCAUGCCAGAGAGCCAAGCGAGACUGCUACAAACUCAUGGACAUGUUCGGAGUCACCUGGCCAGAAGAGAUGGACUGUAACAGGUUCCCAGACUGUGACGAGCCAUACCCCCGUCCUGGAGACCUGCUCUCCAGCGCAGACUCCACUGAGUCACCCAUCUCCGUCCAGCACGACUAUGGCUUCUGGUGCCCCCGUGAGCUGAAGAUCGACCCCGACCUGGGCUACUCCUUCCUGGGUGUGACGGACUGCUCACCUCCCUGCCCCAACAUGUAUUUCCAGCGGGACGAGCUGGUGUUUGCCCGCUACUUCAUCGGCGUGGUGUCCAUUGUCUGUCUCUCGGCAACCCUCUUCACCUUCCUCACCUUCCUCAUCGAUGUGUCCAGGUUCCGCUACCCGGAGCGCCCAAUCAUCUUCUACGCCAUGUGCUACAUGAUGGUGUCACUGGUGUUCUUGCUGGGCUUCCUGCUGGAGGACCGGGUGGCGUGCCACGCUGCGAGCUCUGCCCUUUUCCGGGCGUCCACCGUCACCCAGGGCUCACACAACAAGGUGUGCACGUUGUUCUUUAUGAUACUCUACUUCUUCACUAUGGCCGGCAGUGUGUGGUGGGUCAUCCUCACCCUCACCUGGUUCUUGGCUGCCGUGCCUAAGUGGGGCAGUGAGGCCAUAGAGAAGAAGGCCCUGAUCUUCCAUGCCUGUGCCUGGGGCCUACCUGGUUGUCUCACCGUCACUUUAACAGCUAUGAACAAGAUAGAAGGGGAUAGUGUCAGCGGGGUGUGUUUCGUGGGGCUGUAUGACCGCACAGCGCUGAGAUGGUUUCUGCUGGCUCCACUGGGUCUGGAUGUUUUGGUGGGCGUGGCACUACUGUUAGCGGGAAUCCUUGCUUUGAACCGUGUGCGUAUGGAGAUCCCUCUGGAGAAGGAGAACCAGGACAAGCUGGUGAAGUUUAUGAUCCGUAUCGGGGUGUUCUCUGUGCUCUACCUGGUCCCUCUGUUGACGGUCAUAACCUGCUACCUGUAUGAGAACAGCUAUAGGACUGUCUGGGAGACUACCUGGGUACAGGAGCGCUGCAGAGAGUACCACAUCCCCUGUCCAUACCAGAUUUCGCAGACCAACAGACCAAACCUGUCUCUGUUCCUCAUUAAGUAUUUUAUGAUGUUGGUAGUCGGGAUCCCUUCAGUGUUCUGGGUGGGUAGCAAGAAGACCUGCUUCGAAUGGGCCAGCUUCUUACACGGACAGACACGCAAAGAUAGUGUGGUGAACGAGAGUAGACAGGUGCUCCAGGAGCCAGAUUUUUCCCAGCUGCUCCUGCAGGAUCCCAACACCCCCGUGGUGAGGAAGUCCAGAGGGACGUCCACACAGGGCACCUCCACCCACGCGUCUUCCACCUACCUGGCCAUGCUGGACGAGCCCCCCAGCGGGAGCACCAGCCGGGCAAGCAGUGUCCGCAGCCUCUAUAGAUCCAGAGACGGCAGGUACACGGCGUGUAGUUUCCACGGAGUCGAGGAUCGCCUCCCCUACGACAGCAUGCUCCACCUCAACGACCAAUCAGGGUCCAGACACUGCAGCACCAACCGUCAGGACAGCAUAUCAAGGCACGGCUCCACCCAGCGCCCUGAGAGCAAAUCGCAGCACAGCAGCAUCAAGGACCUUAGCAACAUCACCCAGGCCAUUCAGAGCGCCCCCGGCAACGGAAUCCACAGAGUCCUAAAGGAGAAUGGAGCCACUGCCUGAACUUCCCCCUAAACACGACCCUGUAGCUAAAACCCAUGCCAUCCUUUAAAAUACACAAGUGUCUAGGCCUAGAGGUGGAUGUUGAUUUGGGACUGGGCAUACUAGAUCUUUGUGUGACAGUUUGAGAGUAAGGAGACUGUAGAAACAGGACAUACUGCAUGGUUGUUUGAUAAUCAUACCUCAACAUGUCCCCUCACUCAGCCUCACUAAACAGCACUGAUAAAUGAAGAUAGCGGACAUUGUAACAUGGACCUGCACCAAUAACACGGAAGAAACAAUAUUCUUGAAUACAGAGUAGUCUCUCCAAUGCUGUUUGUUCUUAUCUAUCGGCACGUUCCACUACUCAGGGAGGGAUGAAUCUAAGGAUUUUAGAUUCUAGAUCGCUCCAUUAUCGGUCGCCAAAGCACUCUUUAAAAGACAAGACUUUAUUCUUAUAGACCACAUUGUUUACCUGUACGUGAACUAUUGUAGACUGGUUCUACUUUGACACGUCUAUUGUUUUCAUUGCACUUCUGUUAGAGGUACUGUAAGUGAGGAGUAGGGCCAGGAGUCUGUCUGUCCUAUUGAUGAAUGAGCAGUUGUGAAGUGAGAGGCUGUAUUGUAUAACAGCGGACUUACAAACUCCAGUCUCAUAGGUAGAAUAUGAUAGUGUUCUUUUCCCUCAGAAUUAGAAUCAGUUGUAUUGUUCCUCUCCUAUGAAUUGUAUAGUUACAUGUAAACCAGAACUUCUUCUAGUAAUGGCAAUGUGAAUAGAUGUACAUUUGUUCUUUCUUUUUUUUUAAUUGGGGAGGGAGGGUCAUUUGUGACAUUUUUAAUAAACUCUUCUCAUGGGAAAUGUGUAAGUGGAUCUGUGGCCAAGCCUGGAAGCCAAACCAUGGUGAAUCAGGCUAUAUGUCCCCUCCCAAGGAAAGAAAGGAAAUCAGGACACGAACAUCAGUGAAGCCGUAUUUGUAACAGCCCUCCGUUUUAUUGAAAUACAUCGGAGUCAGGUUAAUAUAAUGAGCUCUCUCUUAAUGAGCCAGUUUCCAUACAUUAUUUGUUUGACCUUACACCUUAAAUAUUUCUGUGCAAAAAGAAUCUACAUCACCUGUAGUGGGUAUCCUCAAUAAAACUCCCCAACCGUUCAAAUAAAAUGAACAAGUCAAAAUUAAAAACUAAUCCAAAACAAAAAAAUGAUUACAUCUAUAACAUGCGAAACUGUACAAAUUAUUACAAAGCUAUCCUAGAAAAAAAUGUGUAAUGUGAUAUGAAAGAGCUAAAUAAUAUAGAAGGAACUUAAGACCUCACUGAAAUGCAAAGGCGUUUUCUUAAAAACAAAUCUGGUUAGCAUGGUGGCACCUCAGCCUCAAACUACUGCCUUUCACCCCUCUUCUCAUCCUCGAUUCAAAACACUUCGCUGAAUUGUUCGACCCUUACACCUAGUCACAGCUAACUACACUGCGACUAAAUUGAGCUCUUAUUUCCCAAGUAUAGACUGUUCUGUCACACUCAUUUGAAUUGUUAGGAUGAAAAUAAUCAUUGGUCGUGACAUUCCUGAGGUUUUUUUUUUUUUAAUAAGUGGGAUGUACAAUUUAAAGCCUGGUCUGAAAUACUCAGACUAAGAUAUUUCCUCUUUCUCAGCAAAUACAUUCUACAGAUAAGGUCCAGCAGAUAUGAAUAGGGAGACUUGGUAGCUUAAAAGGAAAUCUUAAGAGAGGAGAAUAAGUUGAGACGGUUGAGUAAAACCAGCUUAGCGAGACUGACUCUUCCAGAGAAAUUCUUAUUUUUCAACCUCAAUAUAAAAUGGUUUUCAAAAACACGUGGCAUGAGCAGGCUAGAGAUACAUGGCUGUGUUUGACAAGGGAACAGAAUACAAUUGUGGUUUAGGGUUAAGAUUUAGGAGUCCAAUGGCAGGAAUUUGUGUGUCAUCUUUUUCUACACUUAAUAGGAUAGCUAAAGAUAACCUGCCAUGUAUACUACUUGGUACACCACAACCCUCCUAAACAGAAGGUCCAUUUCAGCAGUAAGUAACAAUUGUAAUUCAUUAAAUGGUCUGUAACAUAGAAACAGUUCCUCAUUAGAAAAUAUUUAUUUUCCAGAAUAAGAGUCCCCUCUCCCUUCCUCUUCAGAGAUAAGAGACAGUUGAUCUAAGCACAUGACCAAUGCUCAGAAACAAUAUCAAGUCAAUUAUUGUUUCCGUUCGACACAAAUAUGAUCGACACCAUUGUGGUGUGCAUUAGGAUUGGGGUCAAUUCCAUUUCAAUUCAGGUAAGUAAACAGAAAUUCCAUCUCCGAGAGGCAUUGAGGAGAAUUAGAAUGGAACUUCAGUUGACCAAAUUAAAAUGUAAUGGACCCCUGUUUUGGUCUACAUGAAGGUGAUUGCAUUAGCAGACAGCAAUACACAGAUUACCAGUUGAUAGUAAGAACGUAACAGAAAUGACGCGUUGGCCUGGUCACCCUAGAAUUCUUUUACAUUUUUAAACCUCCAUUUUAGCCCAGCGGUGUCUGUUAAUUCAAAUCAACAUCUCUUUACAAUUGUAUCGUCUCUUUUUUCCCCUAAUCUAUUGAAACAUUCUGAAAAAUAAGCAAGGCUCUCUGAAAAAUAAUGAAGACUCAAGAUUCAAGUCAUUCUUUUUUGGUUAUAACAAGCUUUCCAAAAUCUCUCUUAGAAGUCAAAGGAACAUAUUUGAGGUUCACAGGUCAGUACCACAGGGAAUCACUAUCAGUUUGGAAAUAUACAUCCCCCUCAACUGAUCUAACUGUGGAUCAUAGUGGAAAGAGUGGAGGAGGAAACACCUGUGUGUCUAAGUGUGAAUGCAUCUGACUACUAGCUUAAAAUAAAUGCACAUAUUUACUCAACAGCAGGGGUCCAUGUGACCCAUAAGAGUUUCCUCAAACCCAAAUCAAAAUAACACUCAACGGUUUGUCUCAUACAUGAAAUAAAAAUAACUUGUAAAAAAAAAAUCUAAAAGCAAUCAUAAAAAGAACUGUGGUUUAAAAUGGCUUUCGUGUGAAUAUAACCCCAAAUCAUUCUCAAAAAAUAAGGAAUCCCAGAUCUUCUCCCAUCACGUAUUUCUCUAUUGUAUUUCCCUUAUAUAUUAUUCUCUACUUUUAACUUAUGUACAUUGUUGUGAUGGGAAUCAGCUUUUUGUAAUUGGUCGGUGAUUGGUCUAUUACUGUACUUACGGUACUAGGUCUACACUACACAGAUAAUGGUCCCAGUUCAGUGGAUGAGGUCAAUGGCCAUGUCAUAAGGAAGUGGCAGAAGGAGCUGUGAUGUCAUCAUAGAAUGUUCGGUCUGCUUCUAAACUCUGCUGUCCCUAAGAAUUCUAGAACAUGAAGCACGUGAGGUCAGGGGUCAACCUAGAGUUAAAAUACCCCUCAUCAUAGUUGUAUUUUUUGCACUGCUUUACUGUAGCUUUUCACUGAUGGUACAAACAAAUGAAGUCACUGCACAUAUUUCACUUUCAUGAGAAAAAUAAAAAUAAACAUCAUUGCUUUUUUUUGUGAGCCUUGUAUUGUCAAUGGAAUGCCCCCUUUUCUUCUGAUAUUAACUACCGUUCCGGAAGAAAGCAAAUGAAAGAAAGAGGAAACAUCCUCUGUGAAACAUCCUGUUCUGAUUAAUAAAUAAAAGGUGGUCCCCCCCAAACCCAAAGGCUGCUAUGUACACGUAUCAAAUGAUCUGUUAUUGUUCCAUAUUCAUCCUCUUCUUCUUGUCGCUACUUGAGGUUUGUCUCUUUACAGGAGUUGCCAAUUACAUGGGGAGAUACUCAACAUGGGGCUAGUAGUGCUGUAAUCAAAAGUACUUUCAAUUAAACUUAGCGCUUCGCUUAUUCUAGCUAUCAGCUACAAAGCAGAUGGAAGGAUGUGUCAAUUUUCAUUCCUAUUAAGUAUG